AUGAGCGUUGUCACGUUCCCCAUGCCACAUGGACUCUCGGAUGCUGCGGCCAUUGAUGCAUCAUUUGCAGUUCAUCCAGAUUUCAGAAGUCACACUGGAGGUGUAUUGACUAUGGGUGAAGGAGGAUUACAGAUAAUCUCUAAGAAGCAGAAGUUGAACAGUCGAAGUUUGACAGAAGCCGAAUUGAUUGGUGUCGAUGAUGCUGCGACACAGAUAUUGUGGACAAAAUUGUUUGUGGAAGCACAAGGUUAUCCUGUUGAAAAGAACAUCCUAUACCAGGAUAACAAGAGUUCUAUUCUAUUGGAAAAGAAUGGACGUGAUAGUGCUGGAAAGCGAAGUCGAGCUUUGAACAUUCGAUAUUUCUUUAUGACUGAUCAAGUCAAGAAAGGAAAUGUGACUAUAGAAUAUUGUCCAACUGAAAAGAUGUGGGGGGAUUUCAUGAGCAAACCUCUACAGGGACAAAAGUUCUUGGAUUUCAGAUCAUUGAUUCAAGGAGAACAAGAUUAG